UCCGUGUUAGACGGGUCAGCCCUUCAUCGCCCAACUGAUGACCCGGAGCGGCAGGGUCUUCUUCCGAAAAGCAGCGGGCUCAAUGGCAGCUUCAAUGUCGGCCAGCGCUCAGCCCUCAGCCACGACGGUGACAGCUGCGAGCUUGAUGAGGAGGACCUAAACGCAGCCGCCUCCGGCAGCUCACCUGGCGGGCUGCGGCGGCGCGGAGGUGGCAGCGGCGGAGGCCGGGGCCGGUCGUACAAAGCGUACGAAAGCCUGGAUUAUGAGGAGUACGACGACACGGUGUAUCGUGCGGACCAGGCGGCCAGCUCCUCACUAGACAGCCUGCUGUACAGCGCCAACAAGUACCUGGUGUGCUUUGCAGUGGGCGUGGUGACCGCCCUAGCAGCCUUCGCGGUCAACGUGAGCGUGGAGAACAUAAGCGGCUUCAAGUUCUGGGCCACGCUGUCGGUCAUGCAGCGCGGUAGCGUGCUGGGCUCCUUCCUGGCCUACACCGCAAUGAACGCGGCACUGGUGACGGCCAGUGUGGCGGUCACGCUGUAUGUGGGGCCUGCAGCGGCGGGGUCGGGCAUACCAGAUGUGAAGGCCUACCUGAACGGUGUGGACGUGCCGUACAUCUUCCACCUGAACACCCUGGUGGCCAAGGUGCUGGGCGCGGUGGGCAGCGUGGCGGGGGGGCUGGCGAUCGGGAAGGAGGGGCCGUUCGUGCACGCGGGGGCGGCCAUUGCGGCCAUCGUUAGCCAGGGUGGCUCCGGCUCCGUGCGCCUGGACUGGAUGCGCCACUUCUGGAACGACCGCGACCGCUACGACCUGGUGGCGUGCGGCGCGGCGGCGGGUGUGGCGGCGGCCUUCCGCUCCCCCGUGGGCGGUGUGCUGUUCGCGCUGGAGGAGAUGACCAGCUGGUGGAAGAACCAGAUGCUGUGGCUGGCGUUCUUCACCACGGCGGUCGUGUCAGUGGCCAUCCGCGUGCUUAUGAAGGCCUGCAACGCCAAGGGCUGCGGCUUCUUCGGCAGCGGCGGCUUCAUCUACUUUGAGAUCCACGAGGGGCAGGACACCUACGAGUUCUUCGAGCUGCUGCCCAUGCUGCUGCUGGGGGUGCUGGGGGGGCUGCUGGGGUCAGGCUUCAUUGCCAUGAACGCGCGACUCAGCGCCUGGCGUAAGCGCCACUUGGCCCCGCUGGGUCCGCGCGGGCGGCUGCUGGAGGGGCUGGCCAUCAGCGUCCUCACCAGUGCGCUGUCCUUCGUGGUGCCGCUGCUGGUGGCGUGUACGGCAUGUCCGGCGGGGGGCACCGGGGAGGAGCACCCCUGCCCGCGGCCGCAGCACAUGUACUCGGGCAACUACGUGAGCUUUGGAUGCAGAAACCGCGGCUCCUACAACGACCUAGCCACGCUUUUCUUCAACACGCAGGAUGACGCCAUUCGGAACCUCUUUUCCGGAACCAAGCGGGAAUACACGGUCUCGGGGCUGCUCAUCUUCACCACCAUCUUCUACUUCCUGGCGGUGCUCACGUACGGCAUACACGCGCCCACCGGCCUCUUCGUACCCAGCAUCCUGUGCGGUGCAGCGUACGGCCGACUGGUGGGUAUCUUCGUGGCCGACAUGCACCCCACCCACCAGAUCGACGAGGGCACCUACGCGCUGCUGGGCGCCGCCUCCUUCCUGGGGGGCGCCAUGCGGCUGACGGUGUGCACGUGCGUUAUGCUGCUGGAGCUGACCAACAACCUGGCGCUGCUGCCGCUCAUCAUGCUGGUGCUGCUGGUGGCGAAGGCCGUGGGUGACGGCACGGGCAUGCAGCCGGUGUACGAGGUGCAGAUGGCGGCCAAGGGACUGCCCUUCCUGCAGCCGCAGCCCGAGGCCUUCAUGCGCCACAUUACGGCCAAGGAGUGCUGCGGCAGGCCGCCCGUCACCUUCAACAGGGUGGAAAAGGUUCGCUCCGUGGUAGAGACGCUGCGCUCCACCCCGCACAACGGCUUCCCUGUCAUGGGGCGCAGCAGCGAGGGCGAGCGGCUGAUCUGCGGGGUGGUGUUGCGGCAGCAGCUGCUCACGCUGCUGGCCACCGGCGGCCGCAGCAUGCAGGCCAGCCCCGCGGUGUCAUCGGACCUGAGCGGCCGGGCAGCGCUGUCGUACAGUGUUCCCGAGUUCUCCAAGCCCAUGUCGGACCCCGCGCCCCGCUGCGACGAGGGCGUGCUGGCCCCGGGGGCGCUGAGCGAGGAGACGCUGGAGAUGUACCUGGACCUUGGGCCCUUCCUCAACACCUCAUACCAUGUGGUGCAGGAGGACGCCCCGCUAUCCAAGGUGUAUCAGCUGCUGCGGACGCUAGGGCUCAGACACAUAUGCGUCGUUCCCAGGGCCCAUGAGGUGGUUGGCAUGAUCACCCGCGCGGACCUGCUGCCGGACGCCCUGGAGCGGCGCUACAGCCGCAUGCUGGGGCACUACACCACGGACGGUCUUAACAUAGCGGCACAUUCUUCGGGAGGCACCGCUGCUGCAGCUGCUGCUGGCGGUGGCGGUGCUGGUGGAACGGCUGGCGGCUGCAACAGCCCGGGGCCGGCUGCGGCCGCAUUGGCCUCACCUUCGGGUACGGCAGCAGCGGCAGCUGGUGCAGGCGGUGCGGGUCCAUCUGGGUUGGGGAACCGGGACCGGGACACGGGAUCACAUCCUAGCUACGGCCACCAACAACAGUCGUCGUCGUCGCAGCAGCAGCUGCUGCUCCCUUCUUUAGCAGCGGCGGGAGGUGGCGGUGUAGUGUCGUUAGAAAGCGGUGCGGGGUCGGUGCCGGGAGGCGGUGCAGGCAGCCUUGGGUUAGCGCCGCUGAGCGGUCAGUUGCAGUUGUCAGCGUCGGCAGUUCGGAGGACGUUGGUGGGGCGAAGCGGCUCAGUGGCCGCUGGUGGGGGCAGCGGAGGCAGCGGAAGCGGCAGUGCCAGCGGCGGUAUUCAGUUAGGCUCCUUCUCCUAGCAGCAGCCAAGACAACGGUCCGUACUUCUUCUUAUCAUAGCAGCACGAGAGGGCACCCCUGAACGUUGUUCCAAGAGCCCGUGAUUGUCCUACGUUGCAUGUCGUACGUUACUUGGCUGUCGUACGCAAGGCUCCUACGAGCGUGCAUUAUGCCCUCGGUGUAGCAGCGCAGAGGUGCGCUUGUGGGGCUUAUGGGAGCUGACCCGCAAGCCACCAACUAGGUACACGGAAGUUUAUAGUUGGUGGUUGUUCCAUGGCAGAGAAAACAAAGAGGACCGGUUCUGUGCUCAGUGAGCCUCUUCGUGUGCUUUGGGCUGUGUGUUGAAGUACGGUAGUACACUGGUAGCAUGCGGACGUCCCAACUAGCGCGGACGGACCGCAAGGAAGAGGAGGUUUCCUAACCCUGUCUAUUGGAGUCACUGGUCAAAUAGAGGCGCUGCGUCGAGCGCCAGUAUAGGUUGGCACCCCUGAAUUAGCCGAAUGGAGCGUACGAAGGAAGUAGGGCAGGGGGAGGUAGGGUUUAGUGUUCGAGUUAGAGAUGCGUAGUAGUUAGGCAUUCGGACCCUAGCUACAAAGCUAGCACAUCAAACAUGGCAUACCCUGGUCUAUCGUAGGAUGGCAGGGCGUAGGCCACAUGUCCCCAUGCCAAUGCUGCACGUCCUGCAUGAAGAUACUGGCAUCUCGACCUAGCUGACAUCGGUCGCAUGACAUCGGUCGCAUGCAGGAUAAUAGCUCUUACAUCAUGACCCCGAUAUGCAGUGAGCGGGAGUGUACCUUGGUACAGGGGGCUCUGGGUGCUUGCGCUGCACAAAGGUGGUGUACGCUGACAAGGGGGAUCGUUGUGCUCGCAGU